UGUAAUGUGACAAUUUUGAUAUGGAUGCUUAGCUUAAGAGAUGUGGGGCACAGCUUCCUGCCCAAUUGCAGCAAAAGCUAUAGCCUCCUCUAAAUGUCUCUAUUGGUUUUGUUUUUGCAUGAAAAGAUAUGUCUUUGUUUGUUGAUGGGAAUGCGAUGGUGGUGGUCAAACAACCUGCAAUUUUAAUUUCCGCAUCAAGACAACACCUUACAUUACAUGACAAUUCCAUAUGCAUAUAGAAGAAUACCGCUAGCUAGCUACCAAAGCUUUUAGAGGAAGAGGAUUGAAUACGUUACGCCAUUCACAGAAUAAUAAUUAUUAUUCUCCCUUUUAGUAGAGUUGUUGGAGCAGUUGCAGAAAAGAUGCGAACUCUUGUGAAUUCUACUAUUUCUUUAUUCAUGCACACACUUGUUUAAUUAUUUGUCAUAUUUUUUUUCUCAUGUUUUAGCAAGAGAUCAAUAUCCUCUCUCUAUAUAUUUUUUAUUUGGUGCUAUAGCUCUAAUGAUUAAGAAAAUAAUAGAGUAGCAGAAAAAUCUACAUUGUCAAUAAAAUGGGAAUUAAGGUGAUUGAGAGAACUGAAUUCACAUAAGUGAUGAUCAAGCUUCAAAUUUGAUGCAUUUUGUCCUUCUCAUUUAUUUAUAACAAAAAAAAAACUAAAAAAAAAACUAAAAUAGCGUUCAAACUUUUAUGUCUUAAUAGAUAUACUCUCGAAUUUGAUUCUCAUAGUUUAUCAUUUUGAGGAAAAUCACCUGAUCAUCAAUGGUGAAUAUGUAAAUUUAAAUGACUUUCUCCUAUGAAAUUGUUGAAUAUUUCAUUGGAAUUAUGCAUUGUUAUUGAAUGAUCAAACUAUAAAUCUCUAGUAACUUCUUUCAUUCAUAAAAUGAAAGAAUUCUAUAGAAAUUGUGGUCCACUAUAUUGCCAAAAAAGAAAAAAGAUAUUUUCGGAAACUACGAAAACAAUUUAUUGUAACAAAUACAAACAUUAAUAUGUUUGAUUAGUGGGAAAAAAAAAAAUUAUACCUACUCUCCCAUACACAUAAGAUAUGGAUCUUCCCCUACCCCCAUCAACAUAUAUUAAUAGACAGCAAGCAUUAUUACCAAAUCCAAACCACCUGCACCCACCAUUCACACCCUUGCAUCCUCCCCAAAACCUUACUCACAAAGCUACGGUUAGAAACUGAAACAAUGAAGGAGAAUGACUCCAACUCCAAGCCCAUGUGGCGCCCUCUGACGGCGAAAUCGUGCUGCGCAGUGGACGAAGGCCAGACCCUCUUCUGCGGCAACUUCAGCCGAUGCCGGCCCUCGCGGUCGGAGUUCUCCAAGAAUGUGGCCCCGCUGCCGUCGUUCAGGAAGCUGUCCUUCUCGGACCUGAGCAGGUCGUCGUCGGUCAGGAUCGCGGAGGAUCUGGCCCAGUCGUUUGGGCCGGACCUUCUGGACUUCCAACUCUGCGAGCUCCGGGCCGUGACACAGAACUUCUCGGCCCAUUUCCUCCUCGGCGAAGGCGGGUUCGGGAGGGUGCAUAAGGGAUACGUGGACGAGAAUCUGAGGCAAGGGCUCAAGCCUCAGCCGGUUGCCGUUAAGCUCCUCGACAUUGAAGGCCUCCAAGGUCACCGUGAGUGGCUGGCGGAAGUAAUCUUUCUGGGGCAGCUUCGACACCAAAACUUGGUGAAGUUGAUUGGUUACUGUUGCGAGGAGGAAGAUCGUCUCUUGGUCUACGAGUUCAUGCCUCGAGGCAGCUUGGAGAAUCAUUUGUUCAAAAGACUAUCAGUGACCCUGCCAUGGGGGACAAGGUUGAAGAUAGCGAUAGGUGCAGCCAAGGGUUUGGCCUUCUUGCACGGCGCUGAAAGUCCGGUCAUCUAUCGUGAUUUCAAAACCUCCAACGUCCUCCUUGACUCCGAUUUUACUGCCAAGCUAUCAGAUUUUGGGCUGGCGAAGAUGGGCCCAGAAGGAUCAAAAUCCCACGUCACUACCCGAGUCAUGGGAACCUACGGCUACGCCGCACCUGAGUACGUCUCCACGGGCCACUUGACGACCAAGAGCGACGUCUACAGCUUCGGCGUCGUUUUGCUCGAGCUUCUCACGGGGAGGCGGGCCAUGGACAAGUCGAGGCCCAAGCCUGAGCAAAACCUGAUCGAUUGGGCCAAGCCGUACCUCAGCGGCGGGAGCAGCAGGCGGCUCCGCUACAUCGUGGACCCAAGAUUUGCCGGGCAGUACUCGGUGAAAGGAGCCAAGCAGCUGGCCCAUCUGGCAACCCAGUGCGUCAGCUUAAACCCAAAGGACAGGCCCAAAAUGCCUGCCGUUGUCGACACUCUCCUAGCUAUCCAGCAGUACAGUGACAUGGCAGUGAGCUGCGGUCAGUGGCCGCCGUCUCCCAAGUCUUCUUCCAGGUUUGGGGUCUCCCCAAAUACCAAAGGUAGGAAGGUGGUGGAUGGUGGCCGGGGAUCUGGUUACCGGAGAUCAGCUCCGGCCGCCGCGGCCAAAAAGGUGUAGGAAGGGUUUGUUUUGGAGUUUGAUUGGAAGGACGUCAAGGUGUGAAACUGUAAAUUAUUAUGGUACUUAAUUUGAGUGUGGGGUGGGUGGACCGUGGAUGUAUGGGCGUUUUGGUGAUGGCAUGGAGAAGUUGGGGCAGGACUACUUGCGUGAUCCUCCUACUUUUCCUUUGUAAAUUAUGUAGGGAACCAUGGAGUGCCUAAAUAUGUACGUAUUUAGUAGUAAUUUUGGGUGGUAUCAAGAAUUGAAAUACCGUACCGGAGGUCGUACUGUAAAAGUCAGUUGUAGGGUAUUUUACACUAAAACAAUGGUUCAAUCGUAUUAUACCGCUAAAUAACGCCUACCAAUUUUGCUUCUGGUAGAAGCUUUUUUAAGUCAAACUGCCGGUACGGUACAGUAUUUUAACCACUUAUUUUUUAUCGACUAUCUUUUAUUUACUAAUGUUUCUAAGUUGGGGGUUUGAAACUUAUGAUCCUAGUAAAUGCGAUCUUACCAU